CAAUUUUGGGUAAAAUUGUGGAGCGGGAGCAAAAUGAGGACUGGGUUCGUUUCUCGCUGAACGUUCAGAGCAUAUACAAGCGAGCGCGGGAUUCCCGGCUCAAGCGCGGAGAGACGCAGCUCUGGGUUCACGUCAAGGACCUUGCUUGCAAGUGCCCCAAAAUCAAGCAAAACAAGUUGUACUUGAUCCUGGGGAAGGAGGAAGAGGGCUGGAAGAGCCAUCCAGGGCUCACGAUGACGGAGCGCGCUAUCGUCAUAGAGUGGAAGGACGAAUGGCACAACCGGAUGAAGAGAUUCCAGAAGCGGGCUGCGCAGUGCGGCUAAUUCCAACGACCAUCAACAUCUCUCCAGAUCCCUCUCUCGAACAUCUCACGUCAUUGAUAGCAGGGCUGAAAUGAAACCCAAAUCGCCGUGGAUACCUGCUCAUGUCUUCUCCGGAAAGAUUCUGCGCAUGCCCAAUGUUAUUUACAUAAAGUUUUGUGACGUAGUUGUUUAAGUGUUAAUGGUUCCCCUUAAACUAUUUCUUGGUAGACCUCUGUGCGAAUCCAACUUAAAGCUCUGCUGUAGGGAAUUUUUGUGCCAUAAUUUCUGUCUUACGUAAACACUUCUCACUUCCUUACGGUCCUGGUCUUAGAAACUCUGUAAAUCUUCCCCGAUACUUGGGUCGCGUCUGUCGUUUUAAGUACAUCUCGCAAGAGAACCGGAUAAAUAUCUUAACCAGCGCUAUUUAUUCUGAAGAUAAAAACUCCUCUUUAAUUUGAUUUGAUCAAAUUGUUACGGAGCAUUUUCCGACUGAUGCCUUGCAUCAGUUUUAAAAUUUAAAAAGAUUAAAUGAUCGAUGGUGAAAGUACUACAUGAAUAUAAGAUUCGGCGAAUCAACGCACGAGCUAACAGUCAUUUUUCGUUCAACGUGACGCGACCCAAUUUUAAGACUUUGUUAUGACCUUUGUACAGUUGAAUCUCUGCUACUUUAAUACCCGGCUCCAAUAUUUUUUUCCAUAUUAUUAUUUAAGAGCUGGAGAAAAGAAAUGAAGCCGUCACUUUGCGGCAAAAUUUCAGUUGAUAAUGAACGCACAGACAUUCGGGUACCUUGCAUAAUUUAAUUUACCUACCCACUUUUGAGCUCUGUGUAUCAGACAUCCGGCGAUAUGCUACUCCUAAAUACCCAGUGGAUUUUGCAUGCAGCUGUUGUGUUGUUCAAGAAUUCGAACAAUUUUUAUAUUACUGAUCUAAAUACUACAUAACUAAAAACUGCCCUCAACUUUUUCUAGAUGUUUGUAAACCCCUCCUCAUUCUUUUUAAGUACUUUCUUAAUUUUUUUAUCGAAUUGUGAAAUAAUGUAAUGUAAAAUGAGACAGUGACAUAACGUGCUGAUCAUACGGCUGAGAACUUGUUUAUUUUACGGAAAUUGUACCCAGGAGAUUUCUGCCGCUAAGAAUCCAGCAGAAGGGGUACGCAUUUCUGUGCGUUACAGUAAAGUCACUGUUGGCCCAUCCAAACUUUACUUUUUCCAAUGAAACUGAGUUGCGGAUGAUACUCGUGCUAUGAAUGAACUAAAUAAUUAAUAUUUUUUUUAGAAAUUCUCAGCUGAAAGGUGUCAAGUGUGUGUCGGAAGUGUAAAAUUCUGAAAUGAUCUCAUGCUAAUCUGUCCCCUGAGGACGAAAAAAUAUCUACACCGUAAGCAACGGAUCAGCUUUAGAACUUGAAAGCACAAGAUGAGUGUAAGCAUGGGCGGAACUAGGAAAUGUUCGUGGGGGAGGGGUAAAAGGACGGCAGAAGGAGGGCACAAGGGGUGUCUAGCGGGCACAAAAUACACUUCAAUAAGGGGGUCUGCAGGACUCCCGUGGAGCGUGGAGAAUUUUUCUAGCUUUAAAGGGGGUACGGAGGGCCUUCCCUAGAAAAUUUUGAAAAAUUGAGUCGUCUGAGGUGCAAAUUUUAGCUGAACUCAUGUCACCGAAAAUUCGAUCCAGUUUCGAUUUCCGAGAUGAAAUUGUCACGUCCUUUUUCUGCCGUGCUAAGGAAAAACGCCGUAUGAACAUACGAGAGUUGUCAAAUUUCCCC